AUGGAGAAUCAGGGCCUUGCUUCUUCCCUUGAUUUGGAGAUGGUAGAUCCAUCCUCUUUGAUGCAUGCCAGUAACAAGGAUCAGACUGAGUUUCCCCCUUCUGGGGAGGGUACCUCCUCGUCAAAAGGGUCUUUUCGAAUUAAAAAAGUUAAUGGAUGUUUGGAAAGAUCGGAAGAUAGACCAGUUUUCGUUAUUCAACCUGAGCAGGUUUUAGAAGAUGUUGACUACUGGGGCAAGCAUGCUCUUAUAUGCAAAUUUUUGGGCCUUCGUCUCUCUCUUCCUGUGUUGGAGUCCUGGGCACGUCGGGUUUGGAACCCUAAAGGAGAUAUGGAGAUUCUUUUAGCGGCUAAUAACUACUUCCUGGUUAUUUUUUCAAGCAUAGCAGAUAGGAAUAGGGCUUUUGAAGGUGGCCCUUAUUUCUUUAACCAAGUUGGGCUCUUCAUCAAGCCUUGGCAUAUGGGCUUCAACUCUGCGGAAGAGAUCCCGUCGCGGGUGCCUGUGUGGGUUCGUUUGCCAAGGCUUCCGUUGGAAUUUUGGAGGGAAGAUAUCCUCCACUCAAUCUCUUUACUUCUUGGGAAACCUGUUGGAUCGGCUUCACAGACUCAAGAUCGUAAGGUAAUCUCCUUUGCUCGCAUUUGUGUUGAAGUUGAUUUGAAUAAUCCACUACCAGACUCUAUGGAAAUUUGCAUGGGUUCUUCCUCUUGGAUUCAGCAGCUAGAUUAUGAAACCCUCCCAUUCAGAUGCAGAAUUUGCCAUGAAUAUGGUCACCUUCAUCGUAGAUGCCCCAGAUUGAAUUCUUCCCCCUUGCCUACCUCUGAACCUCCUAGGUUGAACAAGGGGAAAGCCCCAGUGUCUGAUGGGCCUGUUGAUAAGGAGGGAUUUACCCCAGUUAAAUCCCGUAAUAAAGGCAAAGGCAAGAAGAGACCUUGGAUGGAUAGACAGAGUGAUGGCACAUUUAACAGGUUUGAGGUUCUGGAUAACGUAGUCCAAGAAGAUGGUAUUCCAACUGAGCUUUCUUCUGGGGUUAAGGGUCAAGUAGAGAAUCAAGAGGCAGUCGCAAGGAAGGAGGAGCCGAUUCCAUCGUCAGGGGUUCAACAGGUUUGUCAACUGGCUUUGGACUUGCUCUCUCAUGUUCAGAAUAUUGGUGGCCUCCAGGAGUCACAGAUUACGGUGGGUAAUGCUAGCUUGGCUCCUUGUCCGGAAGCUUUGAAGGCAUCUGCGGAUCCUGUGAAGGGUGCUAAGGCUCCUCCUGCCUUAGGCUUGCAUCAAAAACAUUUUAAAAAGGGGCCUCUAGAUAAGCAGUCAAGGAGUGGAAGGAAGACUUAUCAAGAGAAGGUCAAGAUUAUGGGGGAUACUUUGGUUGAGUCUGGCAUCCCCAGAGAAAAGGUUGUUCGCAGAUUAAUCGAGUCUCAGGCUCCGGAUGUGGUAUUCAUUCAGGAAACCAAGCUUUCAGUGGAUGGUUUGAAUAAUUGUGCUCUGUAUAUCUGGCCCCAAGGCUACUGGCAGGGGGUGGGGGCGUUGGGCAGUUCUGGGGGGGUGGCUUGCUUUUGGAACCCGAGGAAAGUCUCCCCCUUAUGGUGGGUCUCUAGUCGGUCUUCUAUCUCUAUGGUUGCCUCCAUUUUCGAAACUGGCGAGAGAUGUCUUUUCUCCAAUAUUUAUGCUCCUACUGAUCUUCUAGGGUUAGCCAGGCUUGAUCCUUCCUCUCUUUUUCUCAGAGAUAAUAUUGGUCUCCUUAACCUUGUUGACGUGAAGCCAAUCAAUGGAGUUUUUACUUGGAAUAAUAGGCGAUGUGGUGAUGCAGCUAUCUCAGAACGGCUUGAUAGAUUUCUAGUUUCCUAUUAUUGGAUGAGUAGUAGGUGGACUACCAAUUCUGAUAUCCUGGAUUGGAGGGGAUCUGAUCACUGGCCCAUCAAACUUUGUGUCUCCUCUUAUGGGGUCACCAAAAAUCCAUCCUUCAAAUUUCAAUUGAUGUGGUUACGGGAUCACUCUCUUCGGGAUCUGGUGCUGGAUUGGUGGUACGAAGGGCUUCCUGCUCAUGGGAGGGCCAUGUACACUUUUUGCAAACGGCUCCAACAUGUGAAAUAUAGGCUUAAGAGGUGGAAUAAACAACAUUUUGGGAAUCUGCAUGCUCAGAAACUUGCUGCUCAUUCCAAGCUGGAUAGUGUCACUCGUCAGAUUCGAGACCAUGGGCUGUCCUCUGACCUUUUGUAUGCUAAGUCCUUGGCCCUUAAGGACUUAGAAGAGUGGGAGCUUCGGGAGGAGAUUUUCUGGAAGAAAAAAUCUCGUAUUGAUUGGCUUCAGGAGGGGGACAGGAACACAUCUUUCUUCCAUAACUCGGUCAAGGCCCGUAGGCAGGGGAGCUCCUUUUCCAUGCUUGUCUCGAGUGAUGGAACCCAACUCUCAUCCUAUGGUGAAAUUUCGAGGGAAGCUGUCAACUAUUUUUCUAAUCUUUUUACUAGGGAGAAUAUUGCUGCUAGAGCCGAGGAGAGGGCUAUCUUGGAUUCUAUUCCUUGCUUGGUCUCAGAUGAGAUGAAUGGGGCUCUUUUGGGUCCAAUAUUCAUGCUUGAAUUGGAGAAGGUUGUGUUUAGUAUGAAAAAAGGCAAAGCUCCUGGCCCAGAUGGAUUUCCGAUUGAGUUCUUCCAGGAAUUUUGGGAAAUAAUAAAGUUUGAUCUCCUUGAGGUGGUUUAG